AUGUAUUUCUCUCCCUUAGCGUCAUGUUUGCUCUUCGCCAGAUUGGCUCGUACACAAACCGGCGUUAUCGAUCCCAUCUCUGAACAAUGCGGUCCCUCCGUUGUGUGUGUCAAGCACUACGCAAAUGUACUUCCAAAUCACUUCUACCGGAAUCUAUCCACUAUACAGGUCGCCACCUCAUUUGGUGACACGACAGUUGCCAACGGCACUGUCUUGCAAGAUAUCAAAUCAGCCGACUUCGUUGUGUAUGAUCAAGAGCGAGGCCUGGAAAUCCUAGGGUCCAAUCCAAGCUAUGAAUAUAUGUUUGCUGUCUCAGAUGCUGUCCAUGAGGCCCCAGUUUACGUUGCAUCGCAAAACAAGCUGUACUUGUCUCAGCUGGCUCCUCCUGCAGGCUAUCUACCACAGCUUGUAAUUGAUCUGAAUCAAGAUCCACCUACUCUAUCCGAAUUCCUCUCCGAUCCCCCAGUGUACGCUCCCAAUGGCGGCACAUUCUACAAUGGCCAGGUCAUUUGGGGAGCUUCCGGGGGUAAUCGCUCGAUUGGCGGCUUGGAACAGCGGGUAGGAUUGAAAACACUGGAUCCUGAAACCAACAAGACGGUCACUCUGCUCAAUAACUAUUAUGGUUAUUACUUCAACAACAUCAACGACCUCUCAGUACACAAGGAGACAGGAGACAUUUGGUUCACGGAUCCUCAGUACUCAUGGUUUAACAAACUCACCGAUACACCUCCUCAGCUCCCAUCCGCUACUUACCGAUAUAAUCCAUCGUCGGGUGCUGUGUUCGUUGUUGAAGACACUCUUAGCCAGCCCAAUGGGAUUGCAUUCAACCCAGAUUACUCUAUCGUGUAUAUCGGCGACUCUGGGGCAGUGAGUGGGCCAGUUGAUCCUAGCUUCGGCCAGCCUGGGACAUCUUACAAUGCGACGGGUCGCAGGGCCAUUUAUGCUUAUGAUCUGAUUGAAGACGGGACUAUGGCUAUCAACAAACGACCCAUCUAUUUGUCUGCAGGAUAUGUCCCGGAUGGCCUCAAGGUUGCUGCCAAUGGCUACAUCUUGACCGGUAAUGGGCGAGGUGUAGAUGUCCUCGAUCCUCGUGGUCAGCUUCUGUUGACUGUUCAAACCAACUACACUGUGCAAAACUUUGCGUGGACCGGUCCUGAACUUAAAACGAUUUGGAUGAUGGGCUCCGGGGGUAUUUCCAAAGUGGAAUGGAACCUUGAGGGUCAGGAGCUAAAGUAA